GGCCUGCUCUCUUCCGCUGCCGCCGUGGGAAUGGAAACAUCUGCCCCACGUGCCGGAAGCCAGCUUGCGGCGGCGACGGCGCGCCACUCCGCGUCCUACCGCGCCAAAACCCUGCGGGUGUCAUCGCGAGACGAACUCGCCGAAAUGGCCGCAUCCAGUCAAGGAAACUUUGAGGGAAAUUUUGACUCACUGGACCUUGCAGAAUUUGCUAAAAAGCAGCCAUGGUGGCGCAAGCUGUUUGGGCAGGAAUCUGGGCCCUCAGCUGAAAAAUACAGCGUGGCAACCCAGCUGUUAAUUGGAGGUGUCACUGGAUGGUGCACGGGUUUCAUAUUCCAAAAGGUUGGAAAGUUGGCUGCAACAGCUGUGGGAGGUGGAUUUUUUCUCCUUCAGCUUGCAAGCCAUACUGGGUACAUCAAGGUUGACUGGCAGCGAGUAGAGAAGGACAUGAAGAAAGCCAAGGAACAGCUGAAGAUCCGUAAGAGCAACCAGAUACCUACAAAGGUCAAAAGCAAAGCAGAGGAGGUAGUGUCAUUUGUGAAGAAGAACGUUCUAGUGACUGGGGGAUUUUUCGGAGGCUUUCUGCUUGGCAUGGCAUCCUAAGGAGGACAACUUCACUUUCAUUAUUCCUGUUUUUUUCCAAACCAGCAGCCUCUUCACUCCAUCAUAGGACAUCAAGUCUCUCCUGCUGCUCCUCUUCUUCCAUGACUUCCUCUCUGCUGUGGCAUAUCUGAAUGGCUUCUGUAGGCAUCUGUUGGUACAAGUUGAUAAGGCCCUAUUGUAAACUUGAUGGCAACGGAAGAGACCAUAGACAUUAGCUGUUCUCCCAGCACACUCCCCACUUGACUAACCUGUAGGUCAGCAAAAGUGUUCUUUUCCCCCUCCCAUAUAAGAUACUUAACAGAGCAUGGUAUAUAAGAUGGCUCACCUUGGAGGAUGAGUGGAUCCUCAAAGGUUGUCCCAAACUUGAUUUGGAAAAGAAAUCACAAGCAUAUAGAUACCUUAUGUGCUGCAUGGAAAGGAACUGAAUACAUUUGUCUUUAAGCAUGAAAGACUUGUUAUCUUGGUGUCUGCUUUCUUUUUCAGUUGGUUUUAGAUUACAGAAAGAGAGCUAUUUGUAUACCUGCUGUAAUUAUCCUGACAAAAAUGGCAGUAUAAGCACUAUAAUUGAAAAAUCUGAAUAUGGAAUGAACUUGUGCUAAAGGUAUAUAUGCUGAGCUAAAGGUACUGUGUUUGGUGGGAGACCAACUAAUAGAUAUAUCGUCGGAUGGUCAAACUUAGUGAAUCAUUUAGGGAC